AUGUUAUUCUGGAAUGUUAGAGGCAUGAAUAAAUUGGGAAGGAGAAGGGAUAUUAAAAAUCACAUACUAACUUUAAAGCCCAGUGUAGUUGGUUUGUUGGAGACUAAAGUUAAAUCAUCAAAAGCUUACAGAAUUAUGAAGUGUAUACCUGCUCAUUGGUCAUAUUGUAACAAUUAUAUUGAUUCAAAUAGAGGAAAAAUAUGGGUGGUAUGGGAUUCAGAGGUCUGGAAUGGUGAAGUUUUAUCUGUUAACUUGCAAAUUAUAACUAUCAGGCUUCAAAACAAAGGAGGAUUCACUCUAGUUUUGAGUGUCAUUUAUGGUGACAAUUCAGAAUCUGUAAGAUCAUCAUUAUGGGCUAAUAUAAGAGAUAUCUACGAAAAAUUUUCCACUUUGCCAUGGUUGUUAGUGGGGGAUUUCAAUGUUUGCAGAUUUACCUCAGAAAAAUUUGGAGGUAUACAACUGACAGUCAAAAAGCUCCAAGAUUUUAAUGACUGUAUUCAAUCAUGCGGCCUCUCUGACAUCAAGAGUACUGGUUCACAAUGGACAUGGCAUAAUAAACAACAAGGUUCACCUAUGUUCAUAUUGGCUUCUAAACUUAAAGAUCUUAAAAUGGCCCUAAAACUCUGGUCUAAGCAUUCUGAUAUAUCUCCCAAAGCUAAUAUUAUGAGGUUAACAAAGCAGCUGGAUAUCAUUCAAAAAGAGCUGAAUCAAGACAUGGAUAAUGAGGAAUUACAGGAUAAAGAAUCUGCAUUAAGUGCCGAACUAGAAGGUUGGCUUGGUAGAGAGGAAGAUGAGAUGAGGCAGAAGAGUAGACAGCUAUGGCUUCAACAAGGUGAUAAAAACACUAUAUUCUUUUAUAAUGCUAUCAAACAUAGGAAUUCUACUAAUAGCAUCAGGCAACUCAUUGCUCAAGAUGGUACGCAUACCACUUCAAAUGAUCAUAUUAAAUUCAGUGCUCUCAGUUUCUAUGAAGAUCUUUUCAAUCAAACAUCCUAUUGGAAUAUUUUCCCUAAACUGACAGUUAAGAGGGUUCUCACUGAUGCUACUAAACAAUGGUUAAUAAAGGAAGUUAACUACAAGGAGAUUAGAAAUGCCCUUUUCCAAAUGAAUGCAGAUAAGGCACCAGGUCCAGAUGGAUUCAAUGCAUAUUUUUAUCAACAAAAUUGGGACACAGUAAGGGAUGAUGUUGUUCUGGCAGUGCAGAGUUUCUUUUCUUCUGGUACACUUCUUAAACAAAUUAAUCAUACUUUUCUCACUCUUGUGCUGAAAUCAAAAGAAGCUACUUCUAUUCAAGAUUAUAGACCAAUUUCUUGUUGCAAUGUCAUUUACAAGAUUAUUACUAAAAUCCUGGCCAAUAGAUUAAAACUGGUGGUUGGAGAAUUGAUUUCUAAGAAUCAACAUGCUUUUCUUCAAGGGAGACAUAUAGGGGAGUGCUCUUUACUUGCUCAUGAAUUGCUUAGAGAUUUCAACAAGAAUCAUGGUAAGAGAGCCUGUUUUAAGAUUGAUCUUCAUAAGGCAUUUGAUAGCAUCAAUAGGGAAUUUGUAUACUAUAUUAUGCACUGUAUGGGCUUCCCAGUUAAAUGGAUUAAUUGGAUUAGAGAAUGUCUAUCUACUCCCUCUUUCUCAGUACUAUUAAAUGGUUCCUCCUCAGGAUUCUUUAAGAACAGGAAAAAGAGCAAAAUUUAUUUCAGCAAAGGAUGCAACUAUAAAGGUGUAUUAAGCUCAAUUGUGGGAAUUGCUAUUGGGAAUCUUCCUAUGAAAUACCUAGGAUUACCUCUAUCAGCCAAAUACCCGAAAGCUAAAGAUUUUCUUCCUCUAAUCGACAAGAUCAGAAAUAAGAUUGAAGGCUGGAUGACACAUUCUCUUUCAUUUGCAGGGCGAUUGGAGCUUGUUAAAGCUGUCUUAUUCAGUACCUCAGCCUAUUGGUAUUUUGUUUAUAAAUUCCCUAUAUCCAUUGUCCAAAAUUUGGAAUCAAUUUUUGCAAAUUUUCUCUGGAAUGGAAAACUUCAUGCUAUCAGUUGGAAGGAGGUUUGUCGGCCAAAACAGGAAGGGGGAUUUGGUCUGAGACAACUAAGUGAUCUUGGUCAAGCAGCUGCUCUAAAAUUAAUAUGGAGACUAUUAACAACUAAUACUCUAUGGUCAAGCUGGAUGAAAGUCAGAUAUGUCAGAGGAGGUAAUUUGUGGAAUUCUACUUCUAAUCUAUUGGAUUCAGGUACCUGGAAGCACAUAAACAGUCAUAAGGAGAAAGCUCUGAGCUGCAUUAGGAAAACCAUUGGGAAUGGGGAGGCUACUUCACUUUGGUUUGACCCAUGGUUACAGGAAGGUAGAAUUUGUGAACUUCUAAGCCAACUAACUCCUCAACUUACAGGCACUAGUACUUGGACAGUCUCUCACAUCAUUCAAAACUCUCAAUGGAAUUUCAUCUUGCCAUGCCUUAGUCCUCUGAUACCUUUCAUUACUAAAAUAUCAGUGUCAGGUCAGGAAGAUCAAUGGAUAUGGUUGCAUACUGGUGAUGGGAUUUUCUCUUUUUCCUCAGCUUGGAAUCAAGUACGGAUACACUACAACAUUUUUGAGCUUUACAAUGUGCUAAAGGCUACAGAUGCAAAGGAGCUGAAAACAGAAGCCCUGGAAAUCAAGGAAAAGUUCAAAUUUAAAGAUAAUACUUAUAUUUUGGCUAGAUUAGCUUUGAAUGCAACAGUGUGGCAUAUUUGGCAAGAAAGGAACAGGAGGAUAUUCCAUGAUCGAAAGUUGCACAAGAUUAUGGUGUUCAGAAGAAUUUACGAAGAUAUCAAUAUUUUGCUUAGGACUUGCAAUUGGAAAGUUGGAAUGCGUGCAAUACACGGGGAUACUCUCGUCCGCUUAAGGAGCAGAGAAGAAGUAAAAGGAGAGAGAUCGGUCGAGUACUUUAUUCAGGUGAAGCACAUCAAGGUGAAUUGGGAUGUCGUGCCGGUGAAAGCAUCGCUGCUGGAGAUCGACAGAGAAGGGAGAGGGGGGACGAAGAUCAGUACUGUUGCUCCCUAUACUGUGAUGGAGUCGUCUAUUUACAAAGCCGUGACCAACGCAUUUGCUGCUAGAAUGAGCAAGGAUAAGGUCAAGAGUGUUGCUCCCGUUGCUCCUUUUAAGCUGUGUUAUAAUGCUGCGGACAUCGUGAGCUCCGGCACUGGGCCCUCAGUGCCUCCGGUCGACCUCGUGUUGCAUAAUCAUCACGUUGUUUGGAGGAUUUACGGGGCAAAUUCGAUGGUGGAAGCGAAGAAGGGAGUUUUGUGCCUCGGAUUUGUGGAUGGAGGAGCGAAACCGAGGACGUCGAUUGUCAUCGGAGGGCAUCAAAUUGAGGACCACCUGCUUCAGUUUGAUCUGAGGAGGAGGAGGCUGGGAUUUACUUCUUCUCUGCUCCUUAAGCGGACGAGCUGCGCAAAAUUCAACUUUACGGGAAAGCUCUGAAUGUUUUAUCCUGAUUAGCUCAAGAGAUUGCUGUGAUG